CAUUGCUCCAACGCCAUGGAUCUCCAAUGUUCGGUUGCACGGUAGUAUUAGAGACACACAUAGUAACAGAAAGCACGUAGUCCUCCUAAUCUUGCAUGUCGAACGGCCGAUAAAUUCGAAGGAGACAAAGCUAAUGUUACGGUGAGCCGGACGACGCACCACCGACCUCUGAAUAUCCACAUAGCCAGCGUCCAAAAAUUGGUGUACCGAAAGCGAGCUAACUCAUCCAGAGCGAAAAAGAAAUCGAUAUCAACGACCGUUGUCAGAGACAGGAACCGGUAGUAAGGACCCUGCUCUUGAUUUUUCCAAGGUUAAAGAGUAACGGUAUUGUCGACGAGAAGACCUAUUGUAAAGAUUAAGUAUACAUCAGUAUACUCGACAUUCUUUGCGAUGAUAGGAUGAUGAGAUAUCUCGUCGUUGUAAAUGGGAGACGAGCGUGAGAAACUAUACUCUCGUCUUACCAUGUCCUCCACCAGGGCCCUCAACGCGAUUCUUCCUCAGAUAGCAAGCUCGCCGUACGAGGCGCACCAGAAAGCUCGUACAUUUGCUUCUAGAUACGCAAAGUCCGGUCAAUACGACACCGCCAUCGAUGUGCUGUUCCAGAGUGCCAGAGAAUUGCUCAAGACAGGGCAAACCGGUUCCGGUACUGACCUUGCCGCAUUUAUGCUCGAUGUCUACGAAACGAAGGGAGAGACCGUUAACGAUGAAAACAGAGACAGAUUGACGCAGCUCAUCGCAUUGACUGGCUCCUCGGGAUCCUGGCGGAAGACCAUCAUUGACAAAUCAAUAGCUUGGUCUGCAAAGAAUGGUCCUUGUCCAGCCGGCGAUCAGGAUCUGCACCACUAUGUCGGAGAGCUGUUAUUCAAAGAUGGCGCUCUGGACCAGGCGGAACCUCAUUUCCUCGCUUCCGGAAAACGAGAUAGCGCCAGGCUACUUGCGGACAUGUUCAUUCAAUGGCUGUCUGAAGGCGGCCCCCCUGGCCCAUUUGCAUUACGGGGCGUGAUUCCAUAUCUCCAGAACGGAAACAUUCUCGCGGCCCGGACUUUUAUCACGCAUUUCGUGCCACAGCUUCCACAGACAGCACAGAAGACGUCCAAACACGUUGACGACACCAAUGAGGUGAUCCUAACGACAGAUCCCUAUGUAAACUUCGCUCAACUUGCCGUCGUGACGUGUCAGCGUUCUCAGGGAGAGCGGAACAAAGCCAUGCGUGAGAGUUGGGUCAGGUUAUGUGGGACUUAUCAGAGCAAAGGGGGAUUACUCGCCCAGCCUGAAGUCCGAAAGGUGAGCCCCACCCUGCACUCCUGAUCACACCAGAAGGGCACUUUUAGUUGAGCUUGAAUUUGGACCGAAGUGCCGGGUCUUUCGUUGCGCUUUUGCUACAGGGAGAUCGGCAAUUCUUGCAUUGCUGGAACGACAUUCCUUUCGCUAGGGAUUUUUUUUUACCGCGUGCAGCAGAUCCAUGACCAUCCUGUUGCCAGAAUGCGGCCAAAAUCCCGUACUGCGGUUCAAAUUCAAGUCGAGCCUGAAUUUAUCUGUUUCUGGUGUGAAUAUUUUACUACGAAAGUAGCACUCCAUUGAAUACUCUGGGUGCU